CUGGAGGAGCCGUGCCCCGCGCCACCGCCCCGGAGGGAAUGGAGGGCUGCCCCAGAGGUCCAAGUGCGGCCCACGACCCCACUCUGGCUAGCCGCCUCUAGCUGCUCAAAUUGUGCAUUUUAUCCACCACCUCCUAGGCCUUGCCUCUUGAUUCAGUGGCGUCGUGAUUGGAAAGAAAUGGAAGAAAAGGAGCGAUGUGACCUAUUACGAUCGGUCCUGCGUUGAGGCCUGGUUGGUAUUUGCAAAGAGGAAGACACAGCAAGGAAAUCGUGUCUUUCUGAGGAGGGUGGGGAAAAAGCAACAAGGUCUUAUAUUUUAUGUGAUUUUUUAAAAAAACCCCAGCACUUUGACAGUGGUGGCGAUAUAAACUAAUUCAAAAGUUAUUUUUCUACUGAGAAGAGGGAAUUUUUCUUUUUUGAUCCCUACGUUUUCUCCCAGUGACAAAGCAUAAAUCAUGGACAACAGAGAAUAAGGUGGACCUCAGGAAUCCUGAGAAGCUUCCACCUUCCUCAGGAGGGACGAGUGGGGUGUUUUCAGCCUUCUCUGGAACCUAAAAUAAAAAAACAUGAGUUGCAUGCCAUGGAAAGGAGACAAGGCCAAAUCGGAAUCCUUGGAGCUGCCCCAGGCAGCACCCCCACAAAUCUACCAUGAGAAACAGCGCAGGGAACUUUGUGCCCUACACGCCCUCAAUAACGUCUUCCAGGACGGCAACGCCUUCACACGGGAAACGCUGCAAGAGAUUUUCCAGAGGUUGUCUCCAAACACCAUGGUGACACCACACAAGAAAAGCAUGCUGGGAAAUGGGAACUAUGAUGUGAACGUCAUUAUGGCAGCACUUCAGACCAAAGGCUAUGAAGCUGUUUGGUGGGAUAAGCGCAGGGAUGUCGGUGUCAUUGCUCUCACUAAUGUCAUGGGCUUCAUCAUGAAUCUGCCCUCCAGCCUGUGCUGGGGACCACUCAAGCUGCCUCUCAAAAGGCAGCACUGGAUCUGUGUCCGAGAGGUAGGAGGCACCUACUACAACCUCGACUCCAAACUCAAGAUGCCUGAAUGGAUUGGAGGCGAGAGUGAGCUCAGGAAAUUUCUAAAACAUCAUUUGCGAGGAAAGAACUGUGAACUCCUGCUGGUAGUACCAGAAGAGGUGGAAGCCCAUCAGAGCUGGAGGGCUGAUGUGUAACAGUUCUGCCCCAAGCUGCUCCCUGCCCCACCCUCCAGGCCUCUGUGAUGUGCUGUGGCCUGUGCAGUGGGUCUGUCCUGGCCACUUUCCCACACAUCUCAUUGGGUUUCUCCUUCUGAUCUGCCAGUGCAGUAGGACAGGUGUGUGGACUGUCACAAGAACCACCUGCUGUCUGUGCCUGGGAAAAGAAGGGAAGGGCCCAAGCACUGAAGGCCAGCUGUCAGGAAGGCAAGGUGGGUCCCAGCUGUUUGUCCCUUUCUCUGAGGACCUGAGAGGUUCUGCUGGAAUCAUCACUGCUGCUCCAGGCUCACCAGAGAUGCUGCCCCCACUUUUCUCUGCCAUGGCACCAGUGGGUCUGAAGACACAGUACUGGCAAAACCCAGCGACUGCCUCCCAAGGACCCAGAGCAUAAGUGUCUCUCAGGAAAUUGUCUCCCGGACCCCAGCAGUGGUACCGUAUGCUGGGCCAUCUGCAGCCCUUAACGCCACCCCACCCCACUUUUACAUGUGGUUUAUGGCCAGCCUUGAGCUUUAUAAUGAGAAGUUCUCGAAUAUUCCAAGCCAGAUGGCUAAAUCCCACAAUCUCCUAGCAAGACAAGGGCGAAUACAUAGCUAAGAGGAUGUGGCUAAAGCCAAACUGGGACAGGUGUGGGGUGAUUUUCUUUACUCCACUGUUGUCCCUACCAUUUCACUACAUUGAUUUAGGAGGCUCUGAGGCAAAAGUCAAGGAAAAUGAGCAGUUUUUAUACUUUGCCCACUCUGGCAAAAUCAGAAAAUGAUGUCUAUCCUUGAUAGCAAAUUCCACUAACUUGGAACAUAAGUGGGUGAGGGAAGUAAUGUGAACAUAUAUGUCUCAGAGUUUAAGAGCAGACAGAAUUAGCAGAAGUCCUAGGCUCCGAGGCUGACAAGUGGCAGAGCCCUCUAGUUGGGUGGUUCUGUGCAUUGUUACAGGACCUGGGUUUGUCAUCUCCAUGUAGUUUCCUUUAUCAAUCACCGGACUGACCCACCCCCUACCUCUUGAAAUAGCUGUAGGCCAUGUUUCUCCUAUAACUUUGGGAAGAAAGAGAGGAAGUAAGUUAUACCACGUGUGUCACCAAAGUGGCUGUGGUUGCCUUGGGACAGGUGGGCAGGUAGGGGUGACCCAUCCAGCCCUUCUCAAUCCAUGGUCUCAGCAGAUUGGAGGGCUGCCCCACUGGCCAGACUUCUCCAGCAGCAGAGCCAGCCUGGGGCUUGCAUGUCAAUCUUCAGCAAGCUUCACAGGGGAAGCCGAAGUUUGCUUCCCACUGUGACUGGAGUGCAUGUUUACACCAGCACUUUUUCUGCACAUGUAUCUUCAAUCCAACAAGGUUGUUUUUAUGCUGAAUAACAAGAGG